AUGUCUGUGUUUUCCAAAAUAAAAGACUUCUUUUCAAGACAUAAAACAAAGUUUUUAGUUGGUGGUUUUCUUUUAUCAGGAUCUUUAAUCUUAACAAAAUAUGCCCAGCAAAGACUUAAGCAUUGGCAAGAAAAUGAAACAUUUGCAUUUUUGGACAAAAAUAAAAAGAAAAAUCAUUUUGAAAGCAUUCAAAAAACCUCUGACCAGACCAUAUUAAAUUUAGCUACUAAUUUGAUGGAAAUUGUUUUGAAAAAGGCAGAUACUGAUAAAAUUAUUGAGGCUCUUAAGAGUAAUCCAGAAAAUAAAUUAGAAAUGUGGAAUAACCUAAAAGUAUUAGUGUUUAUUAAAACAGGACUUUUUAUUUAUUCAAUAGUAAUGUUGGUGAUUACAUUAAAAAUCCAAUUUAAUAUAGUGGGAGGAUAUUUAUAUCGAGAUCCUACUUCUGUAACUACAGAAAUACAAGAAAAAUAUUUAUUAAUUAUACAAAAUUUUUUAAACAAAGGCGUGGACCAAUUAGCCAAAUUAAUUGAAACUGAGGUCGACAUAAUUGUUAAAACUUUGGAUUUCAAGAAGUUAUUAACAUUAAGUGAUUUGGAAACACUAUUAUGGACGAUACAAACAUCUUUAGCCAGCCAUGAUAAAAAUCCAAUUGAUAACCUUAAAACAUUUAUUAUUCCAAGUGACGUGCCCCAAAAAAAUGAUAUUUAUCAUCAUCUUAUUUUAGAUACGGCUGAUUUGCUGGAAAGUGAAGAAGUAAAGUCUAUUUCAAGUCAUUGCAUUAAUAGAGGAUUUGUUUUAUUUAGUGACCAAAUUUCAGAAUUUUUUGUGUCAAAAGAACCUAAAUUAGUGGAAGUUACAAAUGCUUCAUGUAAUUUAGAAAAUUCGAUGUAUGUUACUAAACCUUUAGCAAAACUAAUACCUAUUAUAAAUGGUCUUUUAACAAAAGAAAGAUUGUUUAACCAGUUUGUACAAUUAUUAUUAGCUAAUGACAAAUUAAAAAUUCUGUCUGCAAAUGUGUAUGAGAGUUUGUUAUAA